GUCCCCCGGAAGUCCCUCUCACUCCCUGUCAUGGGUUUAGCAAGAGCUUCCGGAAGCGCAGAUCCGGUCGCUGGUUAGGUGACGGCGCUGGCCGAGUAAACUGUGUUUGAAGCUGUUGCUGGAGGGCCGUGGGAGACAGUCGGACAACGGAGAAGGGCAGGCGCCGAGGCCCGAGCUGCGCGCCAUGGCGGACGACUUAAAGCGGUUCCUAUAUAAGAAGUUACCAAGUGAAGGUGUUUGGUUCCUUUGUGAAAGUGUUGAAGGGCUCCAUGCUAUUGUUGUAUCCGAUAGAGAUGGAGUACCUGUUAUUAAAGUGGCCAAUGACAAUGCCCCGGAGCAUGCUUUGAGGCCUGGCUUCUUGUCUACUUUUGCCCUGGCAACAGACCAAGGAAGCAAACUGGGACUUUCAAAAAAUAAAAGCAUCAUCUGUUACUACAAUACCUACCAGGUAGUUCAGUUCAAUCGUUUACCUUUGGUGGUGAGUUUCAUAGCAAGCAGUAAUGCCAAUACAGGACUGAUUGUCAGCUUAGAAAAGGAACUUGCUCCAUUAUUUGAAGAACUGAUAAAAGUUGUGGAAGUUUCUUAAUCUUAACUGUGGUUUCAGUGUGCACCUUGUUCUCAUUGUAACAACACAGUAUCAAUCCAGCAAUCUUUAGACCACAGUCAUCCUUUUAUCCAGGUACUCAAAAAAGGGCCCUCUUUCCACCUCCUACUAAAGAAAGAACCUACAGACAGAUGGUUGCAUUUUCUUGUAUAAGCUCUUUUCUUGUUUAGUGAGAUCAGAGGCAACCACAGAAGUGGUUCUGUCUACACAGCUCCCAUGGAGUUAGUCUGGUGUCCAGGUUAGGGUGAGAGCCUCCUCGUGGGUCUGAAUCACAGCAGCACAUAAUCCAGGCGAGGCGCCGUGCUCGCCUUGUACAGCACUCCUGGGCCUUUGCGUGUCAGGAACAAAUGAGGGCAUCUUUUUCUUCAGAUUAUGCUUUAUUUCUUUAAAUUGAGUGUAAGGCUUAGUAAAAGUAAUAAAAUCAGUACAAUCACUAACUUUCCUUUGUACAUAUUAUUUGGCAAUGUGGGUGAAUAUUACUAAUUGAUUUGGUUCUCAGAGGAUGCUGCUCUUUAAUAAAAGAAAAAUUAUACCAUAUGUUUUUUCUUCCUAUUCUGCUUUCUAUAACCAAUCAGUGUUUUAAUGUUUAUGUGUUCUUUAUAAAAUUUAAAUAUGAUUUUAAACUGAAUUGUUUCCAAUAUAAGGAUGUAUGUAAACAUGAUAGUAUAGCCAUUUUUUUCAUACAUGAGUAUGAAUAAAGUAAUUUUUUAAAAAUACA